GGGGGACAAUCUAUGUUUAAAAUAUUGAGAAUGUGUAAUCCAUAAAAUAGUGACCAAUAACAAGCGCCUACGCCGCUUCAGAAAAUGUUUCCCACCAAGCCCAGAUAGGAACUCAUUCGUCAACUUUUGCGGAUAGAGGGAACUAUUUCAGCGAAGAACUGAGUCGCAGUUCUGACCAGACUGUAAAAAAACUCCACGUAUGUUUUUCCCUGUACAUCGAAUAAUAUUCAAGGUAAAUGAAACAGGAAAACCGAGUAACAAAAUUGCACUUCUACCUGGAUUUUUAAGGUUUAGAUUGAAGAAGAAAAUGACUUGCAUCAUGGAAUGACAGCAGAAUUGCCACAUUGAGAAGGGGUCUCAAGGUUUGAAGACACAUGGCUAAUCUAGAGGAAAACAUUUCUGAGCGGAUUGACUGGGGUGAAAAGGCAGUGGUGGGAGAAAAACACAAAGGCACAGAGCGUACUGCAGAUUGGACAGGGACUCUGCUGAAUAAUGCACACAUUGGACUUCCUAGCCCAGCACCAGAUGUUGUCAAAUGCUCCCUAAUAUCUGGGGAGUGUCUCUACUUCCACUAUGGGUGUGAUGGUCAGGACGACAGGGGCUGGGGCUGUGGCUACCGCACCUUACAGACCAUGGCCUCUUGGCUGUGCCAGAGCUGGGCUCCACCACCACCUAAGGGCAAAUGCAGACCCCCACCCAGCCUCCCCGAAAUCCAGCACGCCCUGGUCGCAAUGGGGGACAAGCUUGCCAUGUUCGCUGGCUCUCGCGAGUGGAUAGGGACGUUUGAGGCGGCCCUGGUCCUGGACUACUACUACGACGUCCCCUGUAAGGUUGUCCACGUGCGGGGUGGAGGGGUAGAACUAGAGAGAGCUGCUGAGGAGCUCCACCAACACUUCCAGAGUCAGGGGUCUCCUGUCAUGAUGGGAGGCGACCGGGACAACUCCUCCAAGGGGAUCCUGGGUGUGUGCACUCGGCCUGGGGGCCAGGGGAGCUACCUGCUGGUGAUGGACCCUCACUACUAUGGGCCCAGACUGGAGAUGACGUCGGUGCAGGGGCUGGGGUGGGUGUCGUGGAAAAAAGUAGGGUCACUGGAUCAUAGCUCUUUCUAUAACUUGUGUCUGCCUCAGACUUCCCGGAAAUGAAACGGACAAGGACAGAUCAGUGGGAAAAGAAGCGUUUUCGUAAACUCAGGCAGCCCAAUUCUGAUUUUUUUCCACUAAUUGCAGCCAGAUAGAAUUCUUGUAAGGACUUAAUUGGAUAAUCGCUUUAUUAAAUGUCUGUUGUAAUUAUCUGAGAAAAUAUUUUUAAAAUAAUACGUAUUUGAAAGAGAACAUCUGUUAUGAUCCACAAAAAAAGAUAUGUUAAAUAUAUUUCUACUGUCCUGUACAGCAGUAGGGACUGGUAGUGUAUGAGUAUAACACUAUUGCCCUCUUGUGGAUAAAUGCAGACUUCAUAUGGUGUGAGGACAUUACCAUAGAAAUAAAAUCACUCUAGUUCUGUGUAGGGUUGCAAAAUUCCUGGGGCCUCAUUUAUCAAUCAUGCAUACGUGCAAAUCUGUGCGUAAACCCAAGUGUGAUUAAUCAAUAUGAAUGUUUCCUUCAGAGUGUGCUCAACUCUACCGAUACUUCUGUCACAAACUGUUGUGUUACAUUAAGUAGCAAAUGUGCCUACUCUGGUCUUGGCAUGUACUCUCUAGCCAACAGCUCACAGAUACAGUGCAGGUAGACUGUGAGGGUUGUCUAGUCUACAUGAGAUUAUUAUGGAUGAGAGAAUAUUGUAUUUGUCAAAUGUCAGUCAAGCAUCUAUCAUCAU